CAGGGGCAGACGAUGUCCCAGCGAGCGACGUCGAGCUCAGCGGGGCCGAACGAGCUCCCAAAGCCGUACGAAAACCGCGCAAGCAGAAACUCGCCACUUCCCCCCCUCCGACCGAGCCACCCCCGCCCCCCCACUCCCGACCGUAAGGCUCAACAUCACCCUCGGCGGGCCGGGGGCGUAUAUGAUCAACGUGCUCGAGCUUGCGCGCGCUUCGGGACAGAGGAACCCGACGCCUCCCCCGGUUGUGCAUUCUGAUGAGAGCAGCUCGAGUGAGAGCGAGGAUGACCACCCUCCUGGGGGGAAACUGCCUCUCCCUGAGUUGGGGAAGAAGGGAGUGAAGAGGAAGAGGAGGAGCAAGGACUACGAUCUUGAUGACCCGUUUAUUGACGAUUCGGAACUUAUCAUCGACCAGCCUAAGUAUAUGGGCAUGACGAAACAAGCCGGGUUCUACGUGAGCAGCGGGAGCGUCGCGCUCAAGCACGACCCGACAAAAAAACGCAGCACGAAGCCUAAAGUCAACAUCCUCGGCAGACCGGGCUCGCUCCCCCCUCGCGCGGUCUCCGCUGGCCCGGGCAUUCCUCCUAUAACGACGCCCUCUAAGGACCCGGCGAUGCGUUCUCCAACGCAGGAGGAGGGGAAGGGGAAGAAGAGGGCACUCGAGAGUGCAAGUGUUAUGGCGACGAUACAAGAGGAAGGAGCGGCUAAGAAGCGGAAGACGCUUGUUGCUGUGGACCCCUUUUCCCCGGAAUUGGAUAGCAUGCUAGAAGACCUACGGGAGGCGGUCGAGAAGGAGUCAUUUGAGCAGAAAGGGAAGUUCCCACCGAACUUGAAGCCUAUCCUUGAGCGCGUGUCCAUCUUUGCACUCAAGAAUGGGGAAUAUGGAGAUAAUUACUUUAACGUCAUGCCUAAGAUCUUCCCCUACAACCGGUAUACGAUGAUGAAACUUAUCAAGAAAAUGAUGUAUGCCGACCAUCAGAAGCUGCUUGCGGACAAGACGGAGGAACUCCUCCUCCUGCUCAAGAAGGAGGUGGACGCACAGCGGCCCCGCGCAGAGGCGGAAUACGAGGCCGCGAUGAAGGUGUAUGAGCAGCACCAGGCGACUAAGGGCCCCGGCCCCGGCUCCGGCUCUGGCUCGGGAGGGAGUGCCCAGCCUGUGCCUACCCUCGAGGCGGAUGCGAUGCCCGUUGAUGGAGCGGCGGACGAGGCCUCGGUCGAAGUACGCGAAAAGGAAGAGAAAGCACCUGUAAAACGUUAUCGCUGGACGGAGAAGAUGAAAGAAGUGCUCUGGCAGUUGGUGGAAUUGAGUAAUGCCAGUGCGCAGCUGACGAACGAGAAGGCGCAGUUUGAUGGGAGUACGUCGAGCGUCUCUGAACAAGGCUUGAGGAAGGAUUUGUAUAAAAGGAUCGUACAGUGUUUCCCUGACGGCUGGAUGCACAGCACGAACAUCUCGCGGGAAGUGAGCAUGCUCAAGAAGAAGUACACAAAGGAGACGGAGAGGGACGACCUGGAAGAAUGA